AUGGUCAGAACCUACCGGAUCCUCCCGUCGCCGGUCAACCCACGGCCGGAGAAUUGGUUCGUCAACCAGUCCGGUUCACCGCCGCUCACGGCUGGAUUGUUCGCUAAAGCCCCAGUCGAGCCGACCAACCACUCGAAGUUCACCGGAAAGUGCAGCCGCCCCCGGCACUCACAAACUCCAAUCAUGAUCGACGUUGUGGAUUCAAAUUCUCAACCUGAAUUGAAUAUGUUCAACUCAUCGGCCUCUCGAACUGUGGAUCACUUAUCGAAUAACGAUUGCUGGGAUGGUGAUGAGGACGAUCAUUGUGAUCAUGGAAAUUUGGAGAGAGAGAAUCUAGAGGGAAGUGGGGUCCAAUCAAAUGGUGAUGACGAUGAAAUGGGCUUCUGCCACGUGGAGCUCGUACUAAACCACGCUCUAGAGCAUGAUCAAGAAUGGUGUCUAGUGGGUGAAAAUGAAAUGUAA